UCUAUCGGUAUCGAUAGUCGAACUAGAAACGCAGUUACAUUUUUGCUAUUGUUCUGUGCACCACGAUCACAAACCAGCUCAACUUAACUGAAAUCCGAAAUUGUGACGAAGAAAAAAAGAACAAUCAACAAAAUGAAUUAUACACUCUCCAGAAUUCUUGGCUGGAUAGCCGAUAAUAAGCUUUCAACAUUCUUGGGACUUUGUCUAUUCGCAUUUGUGAUCUCAACCAUUGUUUUGUCGUCACAAAAAUCAAGCCUUCAAGAUCAAUUGGAUAAAUGCAAUGCAGCAACCGAGAAACCAACCGACCCAACAACAACGCAAGCUCCAGACCAAACGACAACGCAAGCUCCAGACACAACGACAACGAAAGCUCCAGACACAACGACAACGGUAGCUCCUACGACAACGACAACAACGUUGAAACCAGAUCCAUCAAAGGCUAAAAUCGUUUACAGCCGGACAGCAGCACAGAAAGUGGUGGUGAAGCUCCCCCAACAGAAUCCAGCAACCGAUUCCGGAGAAACGUAGGUGUUUAAUAAACUACGCCAAACGUCAAGAGUGUUACCAUCAGAUAGGCUUCAUUUUCCUUUGAAUAUGUUGUUGCUUCAUUAUAUAUAAAAAGAAAACGUAAAAUAUGUUAAGUUAUAACAUGGAAAAUGGAAAUGUAAUAAAAGUGUCAUCUAUAACAUAAGUAGUAAAGGAAGCUUGUAAGCAAA